AUGGAGGCCGUUUAACUGUGCGCUGGUUAGGCUUUCCCCUUUAUCUCCGACGUUCUCUCCCACAGUCACGUGCCUCAUACAUCCAAUCCAAUCUCUGCAAUGGUUCAACUUAUCAGAGGUCUGUAGUUCACAGUGAAGUCAAGUAGUUACUUGAUUUCCACGGAUUCUGCUUUUGUGUCCGUUUGAUUGUGGGUGUAUACUUGCAGCUGGGUCUCGGUUUUAUUAUGUCGACAUUAGGGACACUGAGCUACUACGCUGACUCACACAUUCCACACGAGAAUGAUGAUAAUUUGGUACCGAGGUUCUCAUCUGGACCUGUGGUCCAGCAGCAGGCUCGAGAGCUGACGCUACUUGAAUAUGGCGAGCAGGAGUCGUACACCUUCCAGGCUAAAUCGUCUAUUUUUGGCGCAUCAUGGAGUCCCGUGCAGCCUCCUGGCAGUGCAUCCAUCGCUUACCACCCAUACAUUCAUCAUCCGUGUUCAACAGGAGAACCCGUGGAUGGAGCAUCCGUGCGUUCCUGGGCUUUAGAGCCGCUGUCUGCGUCCCUGCCUUUCACGGGAUUAUCUGCAGAUAUGCACCAUGAUAUCAAACUUGAACCAAUGGUCGGAAAUGGUGAGAGCGGGACGCAUACACUCCUAGUGCCCGAGACAGACAACAAUACAACCCAGAAAGAAAGGAAGAUACCGGACGAUGCAAUUUCCAGCGAGUCACAAGAUGAGAAAACUUCAGCAGAGACCAAGCAUGAUAUAGACCCAAAUAACCCUGCGUCCAACUGGCUACAUGCGAAGUCUACUAGGAAAAAGCGCUGUCCUUACACUAAGCACCAAACUCUUGAGCUGGAGAAAGAAUUUCUGUUUAAUAUGUACCUCUCGCGUGACCGUAGAUACGAAGUGGCAAGACUCCUAAAUCUCACCGAGAGACAAGUCAAAAUUUGGUUCCAAAACCGUAGGAUGAAGAUGAAGAAAUGCAAUAAAGAUCGUCCAAAAGACAUUUAAACGAGGAAUGUAAAUGCGCACUGCAGUGGAUGAAGUUAUCUGGUUCGUGCGACAGUGUUUGUGAAUUAGCCUGUCUUUUCCCUCAUUCAUGCACAACAAAAGUAGAUUAUUAUUGAUAGUACAUGAUUAUUAUUGAUAUACUGUUAAUUUUGUAAUAUGUUAGAUGUACAUUGCACAAACCUUUGAUCUGAGAGUAUGCUUGUAUAUAUGGUUGUGUCUUUGUGUACAGCUUGUUGUUGAUAUAGUUCUCUUCUUUUUGGCUUGCUUGUUGUGGGCCUAGCUCUUAGCAAAGUGUACAUUUUAAAUAUGUUAAAAUUCUGUUGAGUUUUUUUUUUAAGUUCCAGUUCAUGAUUUCAGGGAAAUUCAAGGAUCUGCGAUAUAAAAUAAUGAUUAUUUGCAUGAAUAUCAGAUUUUGUUUUUUAUAUAAAAAAAAUACUUGUAGCGCAAUGUAUUAAUGUUUAAUGUGACUACCUAGAUGUAUUUAAACUACCUAUGUAUCAAUAUGAAUUAAUUUAUGUUGUGUUAUUCGUCAUUAAGAUAUUUCAUUGAAUUUUGUUACAUGCUUGCAAUGUUAUGUGAACACACAGAAACUGUGCAUACGCCAAUACCUCAAAUCAACAGUGUUAGUCGUUUUCAAAUGAAAUACCACUUGUGUACAUGAUAAAUAAAUUUCUGAUAAAUGUUACAUUUCGUUAAGACUCUGUAAAAACUUUCAUUCUAUUGGUUCAAUGGUUUUAUAUAUAUUUUAAUUGUCAGCGUUCACACAUUUUGAGGGAUCUGUCAAGGAUUUUUCUGUUGAAGUGAAAAUCUGGAUAAUCGAUAUUGCAAUAAGGUGUCACUAACUACAGUGUUUUGUUGCAGUGCACAUAAACUUCCAGACUAACACAGCACAAACAUAAUGUCCCUUGACACUGAAUGUAAUCCCAGGCUAUUUUUACUCUAUCCUGCAAGAAAUAUUUUACAGUCUUUGAAACACAGUUCUCACAUGUUCUCGCUCUCGUUCUCCCUUUAUCUCACAUCCCACUGUUUAGUGUCCCGUUUACGGCCCGGAUGCCGUUUCUUCGCAUAAAUAAAGCUUAGUUUGAUGCUUGUGGACAGGCCUGCAUAUUCUAUUUGUGCCCUGCCCCUGAAAGCCAUAUUAGUGGCCGUGUGGCAAUAAACCACAAUCACAGUCUUAACUGUUUAUGGGGUGCAAAGCGAUUGAGGGCGGACCUGGAAUGACUUUUGAGACAACCUAUGUCUAUAUCAACACAAUUACAGUAACAUAGGUUACAUUUAAUUAAUUUAUAUAUUCGUUAAAUUAUUACUUUUUUAUUUUAAAAUAUUAUUUCUAUAUGCUUUAACAUGAAAACAAAAUAAACAUUACUGAGAAAAAAACACCAUUAUAAAAUAUAUAUACAAAACAAGACACUUAUACACAGUUGCGGGUAUCUUCAAAGGCUUUACACAGGACAGCAUCGUAAAACGGGGCUCAAGCACACUGUCUGGUUUUUCUCUGCUAAUUACUUUAUUACUUCUCAGCAACAAUUAAAACGUUGCAGAACUGAUCACCAUUUGUUGCCUCGUCAUGCAUGAAGUGGAAACGGAAAGAAACUAUUGACGCAU